AUGCUCACGCAAAAAGGAGACAGUCUGACAGAGAAAGAAAUCAGAGAUUUGAAUAUUGAUCCAAACCUCUUUGAUGAUGAUCCCGAUGAUGCUAGUGAUAAAAUGCCGAACAAGAGAAUCAUAAAACGGAUUUAUAAUGGCGAAGAUGUUGCCGUGAAAAAAGUAGAAGUGGAAAAUCUUAAUUCACAACAAAUGAAAAUUGCAAAAGAAGCGAAUAUAAUUAGGUUACUUAGCGCUUGUCAACAAAUUGAAAGAUUUGUUGGUAUCUAUGUUAAAAAAGAGGUUGAAACUGAUUCCCUAAAAGAUUACCUCUUCGUGGUUACUGAGUGGAUGCAAAAUGGAAAUCUCCAUGAUUACUUACGCAACAAUACAUUAAUUCCUUGGAAAACCAAACUGAAGAUCGCAAAACAAGUUGCCACGGGCCUUAAUUUUUGCAGGGGCGUAGAAGUUUAUCAUCGAGAUGUCAGAAGAUGGACUGCACCAGAAAAAAUAGAAUAUCCAAAGCAACCAUACACCGACAAGUGCGAAGUAUAUAGUUUCGCAAUUCUUCUAUGGGAAAUUUCAUCACACCAACUUCCCUUCAAUGAAGUCGAUAAUCCAGUAAAAGCUAGCAUAAAUGUUGUAAAAGGAGAACAUCCUAGCCCAUUCUCUAAAGACACGCCAAUUCCAUAUCAAGAAUUGGUCGAAGAAGCCUGGCAAAAGGAUCCCAAGAAGCGUCCAACAAUUGAUGACAUACGAAAGCGACUUGUAAAAAUAGAAAAUGGUGAAACUAUUUUUUCCUCCACAAAGUUGGCAGAUAACAAUUCAGAGGACACGCCGUUAUCUCGCCUACUACCUCUUGAUCAAGUCAUAUUACUUCAUGAUAGAAAACGAUAUCCAGAAGCUUUCCCGCACUUUCAACAGCUAGCACAACAAGGAGAUCCAGUAGCUGCAUACUAUGCAGGCCUUUAUCUCUACGACGGAAAAUAUGGCAUUGAAAAAGAUGAGAUUAAAGCCCUACAAUUGUUUCAAAAAUCUGCUGACGGUAAUGAACCACGAGGCCGAUAUAUGUACGCUAAGGCUUGUCUCAACGGAUCUUAUUAUUCACCAGAAGAAGGCAUAAAAAAUCUUAGAAAGGCUGCUCUCGGUAAUAAAAAUCCUGAUGCUUUAUACAUGGUCUCUCAGCUAUUCCGUAAUGGAGAACAUGGAUAUGAGAUCAACAUGGAUAAAUAUAAGGAAUACUUGGAAAAGGCAGCAGCAGGAGGAUUAAAGAAAGCACAAGAUGAACUAAAUAACUUUGAAAAUUUUCAAGAAAGAAUGGAUGUGGAUUAA